AGCUCGUUGUCAGCUCGUUGUCCUGCAGUCUUCGCUGCCUCGAGAUUGGAAGAGCUCUCUUCCGUGCCUAUAUCAGGAGGAGUCCUUCGCCGCAGCGACAAGCAACUCGCUCGAGCCUUGUCGAUACCGAGCUGCGAGGGAGACAGAACCACCGGCGAGCGUCACAGAGUGGUCUCGCCUCGACGUGACUCGAUUGGAUUUGCCACAAGCGCGAAAAACUCUCGUCCUCUCUCUCACCAUAUUCUCACGCGCGUUCCAUCAAACCAUCGCGUCGCCAUACCACCACCCAGCGCCGCCAUCCUCGAACCUUCUCUUUCCGUUUUAAUACUCGAAUCUGCCUCUUGAGUCGGCACAAAAACCACCACCCAGCGCCGCCAUCCCUCGAACCUUCUCAUUUCAACGCUCGAUUCUGCAAGCCACUCCGUUCAACUGCCACGUUAGCGUCUCGAUCGUGAUUGGCCGGAUUCUCUCGCCCGAGUCUCUUCGGUCGCGCACCUCCCAAUCUUUCGCCAUGGCCCGUCAGCACGUCACGCUUCGACUCGCGCCGCUGCUCGUUGCAGUCACACUAUGCGCCGCCGUUGCCGCCGCCGCCGCCGCCGCACCCGCUCCGCCUCCUCCCGCCGUUUCAUCGUUCUUCCCUUUCCAAAUCUCCGUGGGGUCGAUACAAGGCGGGAACCUAUUCUUCGGCGGCACGCCAGACUCUAAAAGGCAGCAGCGCCGCCGCCGCCGCCGCGCCGCCGGGGAAACGGUGGAAUCGACGAGGAAACGACGGAGUCGCGGCGACGUGCAGCGCGUCGAGUCUGAGCGGAUUCACGUCGUCUAAAACGCUGUCGUCCGGCCUCGUGCUCCACUGGAAGGCCACCACGGGGACGACCGUCGAAAUGGAGUUACAAGCCACGUCGGCCGCCGUGUCGGGCGGGUGGUUUCCGUGGGGUGGUCGUCGGCGGGCAAGAUGUAUCCCUCGGACUGCAUCAUCGCCAACAGCGCGGGCGCCGCCAUUGGCGCGUACAGCAUGACUUCGUACUCCUCCUCGGACAUCACCACCGCUUCGUACUCACUCGGCUCGCCCGCCUACUCCUCUGGCGCCGCCACGU